AUGGCUUCUCUUGCACGUACGGCUAGCGGCCAGCCAGGUUUUAGCCUGUCUGAGCCUACCACAGAGCACAAUCACGGGGACAAAGAACCUGACAACCACGAUACAAGCCAUGCCGACAUCGAGCUGCCAUGGAAUUCCUUAUUUGAUCCACUCGUCUACCCACCCGCGUACCACAAGGCAGACAUAGAAAGUGAAGGAGGCGGGGUCAUGGAAAGAUAUCCUGAAAAGAGCAGGCCGUUCAUCCUCUGUCCAGAAGAGGAGACCUAUAAGUCUUUUCAAGGUCACCAAAACCCAACAGAACUCAUUUAUGACAUCGAACUUCGUAUAGUUAUCACGAAUGCUCGUAGAAAGUCGCAAAUCGUUCUAGCACCACAGAUCAGCGCCCUGAGGGUUCAUAAGGGCCUUAAAUAA